AUGGCAGAAUCCGAUCCUUUACUGGACGGCAAGAUGGAAAUACCUUUACCUAUGUUCACUGCGGCGAUACCAUCGGCGCGGGGUAGAAAUCCGCAAGCCAUCGCCCAUCGAGGUUAUAAGGCAGCGUAUCCAGAAAACACAAUGGGCGCCUUCAAAGGGGCUGUAGAUGUUGGGGCCCAUGCCAUUGAGACCGACAUACAUCUGUCGAAGGAUGGUGUAGUCGUUCUUUCCCAUGACGCUACGCUCAAACGCUGCUUCGGUGAGGACAAGAAGAUUGUUGACUGCGACUGGAGCUACUUAAAGACGCUUCGGACUCUGCAAAAGCCGCACGAACCAAUGCCGAGACUCAAGGAUCUCCUGGAGUACUUGGCAGAACCGGGUCUAGAAGACGUAUGGGUACUUCUAGAUAUCAAGGUACCUUGGCCAAGCCUUGCGGAGCCCUUGAAGAACGAUAGGAUUAACCGUUGGGCGAAGCUUGAUAAUCAUGCCGAGGACGUGUUCAGGUUAAUGGCGGCUACUUUAGCGGAUACCAAACCAUCUCGGCCUUGGAAACAACGUAUACUCCUUGGUUGCUGGGCUGCUAAACAUCUCCCUUUAUGUACCAAAUAUCUCCCUGGAUAUUCGAUUACGCACAUCGGCUUCAGCAUAACUUACGCACGUCAAUUUUUGAAGGUCCCGGGCGCUGGUUUUAAUAUGCUACAGAAAAUAAUGGUCGGCCCAUUUGGGAAUGCCUUUCUGCGAGACGUGAAGACGGCCAAGCGGUCAAUAUUUGUAUGGACUGUAAAUGAGGAGGACUGGAUGAAGUGGAGUAUCCGCAAGGAAGUCGAUGGAGUCAUCACGGACGACCCGAAGAAGUUCUUGGAGGUCUGCGACACCUAUCAAGGAGAGGAGAUACACCUCUCCUUUGCUGCGUGGCCUGCGUUGGUUUGGAUGAAUGCGUUGGCUGUGCUCUUCUCUGUUCUUUUCAGAUACAGAUAUGGAUUUAAGAUUCCUGCCGUGCCUCCUGCAAAGACUAUCUUGGGGCGUUAG